GGCUGAGUGAGCCUCCCUUGGGCCCAGCAACCUACCCCAGCAUGGUCCAGGCCUGUGAGGGGCGCUCCAGAGCACAGCUGCCGACCUUGUCUUUGGGGGCAGACAUGACUCAGCCUCCACCCGCCAAAGCUCCAGCCAAGAAGCAUGUGCGGCUGCAGGAGAGAAGGGGCUCCAGUGUGGCUCUGAUGCUGGAUGUGCGGUCACUGGGCACUGUCGAGCCCAUCUGCUCAGUGAACACACCCCGUGAAGUCACCCUGCACUUCCUGCGCACAGCCGGACACCCCCUUACACGCUGGACUCUACAGCACCAGCCUCCCAGCCCCAAGCAGCUAGAAGAGGAAUUCUUGAAGAUCCCCUCAAACUUUGUCAACCCUGAAGACCUGGAUAUCCCUGGCCAUGCCUCCAAAGACCGAUACAAGACCAUCUUGCCAAAUCCCCAGAGCCGUGUCUGUCUUGGCCGGGCACACAGCCAGGAGGACAGCAACUACAUCAAUGCCAAUUACAUCCGGGGCUACGAUGGGAAGGAGAAGGUCUACAUUGCUACCCAGGGCCCCAUGCCCAACACUGUAGCAGACUUCUGGGAGAUGGUGUGGCAGGAAGAUGUAUCCCUCAUUGUCAUGCUCACCCAGCUCCGAGAGGGCAAGGAGAAAUGUGUACACUACUGGCCCACAGAAGAGGAAGCCUAUGGGCCCUUCCAGAUCCGCAUCCAGGGCAUGAAAGAGCACCCAGAAUAUACCGUGAGGCACCUCACUAUUCAGCACCAACAGGAAUGCCGGUCAGUGAAACACAUCCUCUUCUCAGCCUGGCCAGACCACCAGACGCCAGAAUCAGCCGGGCCCCUGCUGCGCCUGGUGGCUGAGGUGGAGACCCCAGAGACAGCUGCCAACUCCGGGCCUAUAGUGGUCCACUGCAGCGCAGGGAUCGGUCGGACAGGCUGCUUCAUCGCCACCCGCAUCGGCUGCCAGCAGCUGAAGGCCCGAGGGGAGGUGGACAUUCUGGGCAUUGUGUGCCAACUUCGCCUAGACAGAGGAGGCAUGAUCCAGACAGCGGAGCAGUACCAGUUCCUACACCACACUUUGGCCCUGUAUGCAGCCCAGCUGCCCCCGGAGACCAACCCCUGACCCCUGACCCCUGACCCUCCACCAGCCCAGGGACCAACCUCCUCUCAGGUCAGGGACAGUGGGUCUGGGGAAGUGGGCUGUGUGCUCUGGCAUGGCUUCUGCAUAAGCACAGGAAAAGGAGCCUUGGAAGCAAGAAUGUUUUACAGUCUCAGGAAACUGCCCCAGCAAGCAACAGGGGCCAGGCCGUAGGUCUUCGCCACAUUCCAUGACUCUGCCUCCUUCA